GCGAAGUGCAACUUCAUGAUGCCUCUCCUCAUUUUGUUCACUUCACUAUUCUAUCUAAGCAUCCCUCAAAGGUGUGUUGGGAUGGACACCAUCAUACCUGGCCAAGUUCAUGCCGCUAGCGACAAGCUCAUCUCGAAGAAUGGCAGAUUUUGGGAUGGCGAAAAUCAUGGGACGGGAUUUUAGCCGAGCAUUGACGACGAUGAGAGGAACUUUUGGGUACUUGGCACCUGAAUGGAUCACUGGCACUCCUAUAACGCCAAAAGUCGAUGUUUACAGCUAUGGUAUGGUGUUACUAGAAAUAAUAUCUGGAAGGAGGAACUCACAAACACCAAGUUUUACUGGGGAAGAUCAUGAUGUUUAUUUCCCGGUGUAUGUAGCACAAAAGCUUGUUGAAGGAGAUGUUGGGAGCUUGGCAGAUCACAUGUUACAUGGUGAUAUCAAUCUUGAUGAGGUCGAAAGAGCUUGCAAAGUUGCAUGUUGGUGCAUCCAAGAUAAUGAAUUUGAUCGCCCAACAAUGGGAGAGGUUGUUCAAAUUCUCGAAGGCCUAGUUGAAUUCUCCACGCCUCCCAUUCCAAGAUUGCUUCAAGCUAUUGCUAACACAUCAAAUUCGACUUCCUCCUGAUCACAUAUAUAUUAUAUAAAGUUGUACGAUUUUAAUGAUGGUUAGUACAUAUUUCAUUUCAGUGCACAUAUAUCAGAGUGUGUUCCUUAUAUAAAGUGCAGCCAGAUGAAUUGUUCAUCCUUCAUAGGUAUCAAUAGGUUUUUUUAUUAUAUUCUUCAUAUAAUAAUGGCAAAUGGGAUUUUGCAUGUAUAUCCAGUAACUUAUUGUGAAAAAAAAACACUAUGUUGAUGAUCCA